AUGGCUACCCCAGCAGACAUGAGCACAGAGGAAAGGAAAAGACAAUACAGUGCACUCCGACGAGCUGUAGUGAAGUCAUGCUCAGCACCAUUGCUGGCCAAGUUUCAACUCUGUUCGGACAGUGAAAGGUUCACGAUGUUGAAGCAAUGGAUGGUGGGCGAGGGACACGUCGAUAGUAUCUCCGUUGAAGAACGCUUCGUCAAAUGGAGUGAAGAGAUCCGCUCAGACAGGUUCAAGAAGCUGAGCAACGAGAUUCCGAAGUGCAUCAAUGAGUUGAAAAGCCUUAACGUGCGGAAUUCCGGUGAAUUGGUCCAAGUCUUGACGGCGCACAACCAACGUGUCGGGGAUCUAUGGGUUGCUGCUCAAAAAAUGGCAGACCUUCCUGCAUCUGAUCUUCUUCACCAUGGUGUUUACGAGUUUCUUGAUGAACAAAAGGAGAUUUUGAAACCGAUGGAAACCGACUUGCGGGAUGGCAAGCAUCGCAUCUCCCUUGCCAAAGGGCCUCGCAAGAAUAAGUCGAAGCCGCAGGGAGAGCUCCACGAAGCCAGUUCUGCGGGAGAGUUGGAAGGGUCCGGUGAGGAGUGA